AUGAACACCGAACCGCCCUACUACAGCCACCCAAACAGUGAACUGAACAUUGAUGUGAGCGAGAGCCCGAAUGAAGAAGCCGAGAGCUCGAAUGAAGAAGACGAGAGCUCGAAUGAAGAAGACGAGAGCUCGAAUGAAGAAGAUCCCCCGCAUCCUCAUUCUUGCACCUGUCAGCCCGAUUCUAAAUGCAAGUGGGUUGGCUGCGACCAUGACGUAUUCAUGUGCAAAGACCACCUCAUGCAACACAUUAGGAAUCACUUCCCCACCGAACACGAUUCCAAGCCACAAUGA